AGGUUCCUGCGGCGCUCAGAUUGGUUAUUCGAACAACGACGAGCAUAAACACAAAAUGUUCCGUACUACAUGUAGUAGUACCACCGGUAGUAGAGUCUACUACCGGUAGUAUACAGUAACAUAACGACGUCAGUGCUAGUAGUGAGUCGAGUAGCGGCCUAGAGUCGUAGAGAGUAGAGCCUAGACUGGCUAGAGGCAAGAGUACAACAGGCUGCUGCCGUGCUGGGAAAGUUGAACACGCUAACGAGCGCAGUACGGAUCCGACCUGGACUACAGACUACAUGUACAUACAGACUCACACGUUAUUUGAUUACAUCAUCAGUUGAUGCUUCAACGAAAAGGCUGCGGACUCACGGCACAGCGCUGCACUUGCUAGGGCAAGCACCGAUGCCGACUACCUCACAUCGCCGUGAUUCUAUUCCCCAGUCCACUCCAUCACCAGGCAGUACAUUUACAUCUUCUGCUACACCACCGAUGAUGUCAUCCAGCGCUUCCUCAGCUGAAACACCAGCUAGAGUGCCCAGACAAGGUUCAGCCUCAGAUCAGACUACUUUGCCCAGAAACACGUUGUCACCAUCACCAUCAGCAGCAGCAGCAGCAGCAGCAGCAGCAGAAAUAGCUGAAUCUCCAACAAAGCAGCGUGAUUACACACAGAUCCACAAAGCAAGGUACUCAUUUGGUAGUGAAGGCAGCGGGAGAGAUCAGUUUGACAGCCCUUGGGGACUAGCAACCAACAAAGCUGGUGACCUGAUCAUCUGUGACAGCUGCAACCACAGAAUAAAGAUACAUGGGGUUGAUGGCCAGUGCAAGCAGACGGUUGGCGUCGAGGGAAGAAAGUGUGGAGAGUUCUAUGCCCCAGACGCUGUGCAUGUAACAGAUGAUGAACGAGUGAUCAUUGCUGAUACCGGUAACCACCGACUACAGAUCACUGACCAAAACUUCUCAGAGUUCAGCACUAUAGGAAUACGUGGAAUAGAAAUUGGCGAGUUCCAUGAGCCAAUUGGUGUUGUCCUAGUCAACCACAGUGUACUGGGCCCGUGCUUUGCUGUGGCAGAUAACUACAAUCAUCGGAUUCAGGUUGUGCCAUGCAGUGGUGAGACAGGAUAUGCAUUUGGAACAGAAGGUAGUGGUGAAGGCCAAUUUCAAUACCCAAGCGGCAUCACAGUGUACCACAACAGGUUGUUAAUUGCAGACGAGAACAACCAUUGUAUACAGGUGAUGACCGUCGAUGGAGAGUAUAUCACUUCGUUCGGGUCUCAGGGCAGCGCUUUUGGGCAGCUGUGCCAACCGCAUGAUGUCACUACAGAUGCCUACGGCAAUGUUCUAGUCGUAGAUCAUGGCAAUGGACGUGUUAUGGUAUAUGCCACAGAAACUUACACACCACUGGCUGAGUUUGGAAAAGGAGAGCUGGACAAGCCGAUGGGUGUCUGCGUGACAAGUGAGGGCUUAGUAGCUGUUUCCUGUGAUGGAAGCCACAAGAUUUUUGUGUUUUGA